AUGAAAGCAUUCACUCUUUCUGGUCUGAGCACCCUCUUCGCCGGCUUGACGUUGGCCCAUCCUGUUACCAAGCGUGGUGGCGGCUUCUCCGAGGUUGACAUCACCAUCUUGCAAUUUGCUCUGACGCUCGAGCACCUUGAAAACACCUUCUACAAGGAAGCCUUUAGCAGCUUCAAGUUGCAGGACUUUGUCAAUGCCGGCUUUGACGAGGCAUUCUUCCUCAACCUUGAAUUCAUAGCGUCGGACGAAUCGGCACACGUUGAGUUCCUCAUCGCUGCGAUUGAAUCUGCCGGUGUUCGACCGGUCCAACCUUGCCAGUAUAGCUUCCCAGUGACGGACGUUGCCAGCUUCGUCACUGUGAGCGCCAUCCUGGAAUCUGUGGGAACCAGUGCUUAUCUCGGAGCGGCGCCCUUCAUCGGGUCGCGAGAUAUCCUUUCGGUAGCUGCCAGUAUUAUGGCCACGGAGGCAUUGCAUACCAGUUCGCAGAGAAGCUCGCUCGGUGCAAUUGCCGCCCCCAAUCCAUUUACAACUCCUCUUGACCCCAAUUCGGUCUUUACCAUUGCCUCACAGUUCAUCGUCUCCUGCCCUGCCGACAAUCCACCGCUGCCAUUCACUGCGUUCCCCGGCUUGAAGACCAACUCCCAGGCCUGCUUCGACGAGAGUGGUAGCAGCGACAGUUUCUCCACGGAAUCCGUCAACUAUGCUACCGUUGUGGCCAACAUCGAAACUGCCACGGACACCACAAGCGCGUAUGGAGCUGAUGCCACUGACUCGACAACCACAACAGCCGCCUACGACAGCACGUCGACAACCACCACCACCACCUCUUCUACCACUACCACUGACUCGGCCGACUACUCAACAACCACUACCACAACUAUGGAUAUGGCGACCGCCGAGGCCGCUGCGUCAGUCACAACUACAACAACCACGACCACGGAUAUGGCCUCGAUGGCCACAUCCACACCUGCCUAUGCACGACGCAGCACCGCUCUCGAGGCGCGCACAAACGGUGGCUCUGCCUCAUCUUGCUCCGCCCCCGGUGCCGGCUCGUCUCUUCAACUCAUUCCAGACUUUUCCAAGUCGCACCAUGACUUCUCUCGAGUCGAAGUCGUCUUUGUGACGUUCAUUGCCGGCCUCGAGGUGGUCUCGGUACAGGCCGUCUUUGGAAGUGACGGAAGUAUCAACGUCAGCAUCCCAGGCAGUAUCGGUGGCGGCCAAGUGUUCAUUUUCAUCACGAUCGUCGACAUUUCCGGCAGAAGCCUGAGUGCCAACGAAGUGCUCUUUGGCCCUGCCAUCAUGGAGAUUGCCCCGUCGUUCCCUUCUAUCAUCCAGUAA